AUGAUCAUCGCUCAUAUAGCAGAGUCUCCGGAAAGUCUCAUACGAUAUCGUCUACUGUCCGAGCCGGAAAUUGUAAAUCUCUUGUCUGCAAACCAGUCCGGCAGUGUUGAAGGACAACAGCCACCAAACCACGACCAGUCACAACGGGGACAAUGUCCUUCACCGCGACCAUCAUCAACAUCUAACCGUUGCUCGGGAAAUUCGUACGAUGCAGGCAGCAGUUCCCCAUCGGAUGGUUCACCAACUGGGAUCGAGAACAAUGGUACCAGCUCUGGUUGCGGAACAUCAUCCUCCAGCUCAUCCGGCACGGCUCAAUCGCCACCGGUAAAAGGCACGAGUGUGGAAGAUGCGCUGACCCGUACGAAUCAAACACCCGCGACACAGUCCAACAUGGUUGAGGUGUAG